UUUCUUUCUGAGACCAUGUCCACCUCUACCAGCAAAAACCCUUCCACGUCCUCCUUUGUUUCAAUCCACGAAAGACCAAUCUUCCAGGGUCCUUCCGAUACGUCAUGGGAGCUGCAUGCGGAUGAUUUCACCAAGGAAUUGUCCUGCGGUGUGUGUCUAGAACUGUUCAAGAACCCGGUUAUCCUGUCCUGUGGCCAUAACUUCUGUAGGGAUUGCCUAGAAGACUUAUGGAAGAAAAAGGGCAUCUUCUGUCCACAAUGCCACGCGAGUGUCCCCGAUCGAAAGUACAUCUCGAACACCGCCCUGGAGAAGAUGGCGGAUAGGAUUAAGACCUACCACGUGGGGUGCCUGCAACAGAAGUGCAUCGAACACAGCGAGCCGAUGACUCUCUACUGGAAGACGCAAGAAAAACUCGCCUGCUUCACCUGCCGGGAAACUCUGCUACCCAAAGAGCAAUGCACACAGUUCCUUCUCAUUCCAGAUGCUGUACAGAUCUUUACGGAAAAGUUGCUCAUGAUGAGAAUUCAGCUCAGAUCCAUCUUGGUGAAGUUGGAGGUGUUGAAGAAUGCCCAGGAAGAAAAGAUCAGUAACCACAAAGAGAACAAAUUGCAGCUCCAGUACCAUAUCUCCUUGGAAUUCCUAAAAUUGCACCAAUUUCUUCAUAGCAAGGAAAAGGAGUUAAUCAACCAGUUAAAGGAAGAGAGUGAAAUCCUGCUUCAGGAGAUGGAAGCGAAUAUUAACAGACUCCAAGACCGAACCCAGAGUGCUAAGGAUACUCUGGUUUGCAUUCAGGCCCGGCUGUACCAGCAGAAUUCGGCUAGCUUCUUGAAAGGAAUCAAGGUUUUUAUAGAAAGGAUGGAGCAGAGAACUGAAAAUUCAGCUCUUGGUGAACUGGUGACUGGUACUCUCAGCAAUGGUGUAUUCAAGAGCCCCGUGCAUUAUGCUGUGUGGAAGGAGAUGAAAUCAAUUCUUUACCCAGACAUUACUUUCCUGACUCUGGACCCCAAAACAGCGCAUCCAAACCUGAUUCUCUCCGAAAACUUGACCUGCGUCAGCCACGGCGACACCAAGAAGAUGGUCCCCGACACCCCAGAGAGAUUUGACUGCAGCGUUUCUGUCCUGGGAUCGGAAGGGUUCACCGCUGGGAAGCAUUACUGGGAGGUGGAGGUGAAGGACAAGACAAAAUGGACCUUGGGGGUGGUCAAAGAGAGCAUUAACCGCAAAGGGAACUACCCCCUGUCACCCAAGGAGGGUCACUGGCUCAUCAAGCUGAGGAAUAGGAAUGACUUCAAGGCGGUAGAUGUCCAGCCCAAGACCCUGACCCUGGAUAGUAUUCCCACUAGAAUCGGGGUCCUCGUGGAUUACGAAGGCGGCCAGGUGUCCUUUUACGACACCAACCAAAUGGCCCACAUCUACACCUUCAUGGACACCUUCACUGAGAAACUUUACCCCUAUUUUUGUCCGUGUUUGAACGAUGCUGGGGAAAACAGCCAGCCACUGAGAAUUAUUGGCUAUUCUAUGUAGGAAUAAAGGAAUAAAGGUCCAUCUGCAAAGCAGAACUCUUGUGGCCUAUGAGUUACUUUAUAGACAGUUUACGGUGCCAGGGUGAAUUUGGACCUCUUUUAGGAC